AUGCCUAAAGAAAUUAUCCCUAUCCACCAUACUCUUGACAAGCACCAAUCUCUUGAAAUUCCUAUUGAAGUCUCGAUAAUUCACGUACGCGCCCCUCGGGAAGCGCGAGACAAACGCGCUCAUAUAAUCGUACAAUCCACGAAUCCAAGUCACGUGCCUCGACUCAGACUCGGGAUUCGCGUCAUUCCACCUCGUCAAAUAUUGAGUCAUGUAGAGAACCCCUUCUCUAUAAGGAAAGGGCGUCUCGCACUCGGGUAUUCGGGCCAUCAUCCCGCCGAACGGGUUCAUGAUCACGAGCGGCAAGUCGUCGUCGAGCAAGCGGGCCCAAAGCCCGUCGAGACCGGGCUCGGGUAUGGGCCUCCGCACGAUUUCGGACUUGGCCUUGAAGUAGUUCUUGAAGAGGGAUUUCCCUUGGAGGAGGACCUCGGGUGGGGUCGAGGGAGGGUACCCUGCGAUGUAGAGGACCGACUCGAUCCAGCUCAUCUCUCGGCAAUCGUUCCGAGUGAGGCCGAGCUCUGGGAAGCUCGUUUCCAUCACGUCGAGAAGACGGUCGGCCCGACCCAGGAAAACCGCGUUAGAUCCUCGUCGAUCUUGCUCGCCACGCGCUGCCACUUGGACAAUAUCCGCGUGGCGCCCUGCUCGAGCGUCUUGGGGACCGUGAAAACCGUGACGAUUUGCGGGACCAUCACGAGCCGAACCUUCCACGCAGUGAUGAUCCCGAAGCUUCCCCCGCCCCCACCUCGUAAGGCCCAAAAAAAGUCCUCGCCCAUCGAGGCCCGGUCAAGCACCCGGCCCUCGGCAUCCACUAUCCGCACAUCAGCCACAUUAUCGGCCGCGAGCCCAUACUUCCGCAUCAUGAAUCCGUAA